AUGACACGGAACACCGUUAAGUGCUCGUACCUCAACGAGAGACUUACUUCUCAUCUCCAUCCUUCGUCAACACUCGUUCUCCACCCCGUCGAAGUCAAGAUCUUGUUCGAGAGCCCACUACGCAGAGGUAAGAACCCGGAUUAUGUAUCGAUGAUGGCACUGACAUUCUUCAUAUAUGCCCAGCUCGCGAUGUUCAAGCUCGCGCUUGUAGCCACCGACAUUGAGGAGAGAAGGCUUGGAACAGGAAAGUUCUCCGUGCGUCCAACCCAUCGACAUCCGACGCCCUCGCCAAGGACAGCUGCCCCAAAGGGGUUCUUCCCUGCACAUAACCAUACUUAUUUCAUCAAGCGCCUACGGCCUCGCAGUCGCGAAGCACGUUACGGAUUCGAGGCCAUCAAGGUCGGUAGAUUGCGAUACAAAGGCGUCGACAUGAUGUUGAAUGUUGCGCUUGAUUCCGGUGUUAGGCUAGGGUGGAUCCCCGACGAUGUCAAGUUGCGGGGCCGUUCGUAA